UAGGAAUAAGUGAAACAAAUAUUAGUCUGAACGACAUAAUGAAGAACAUUUUAAAAGUUUUUGGAAUACUUUGCUCAAUGGGGGUGAACAUAAGCUGUCAUCCUGUUGAGAAAAGAAUCGAUAAUGCUUUUGAACACUGUCUAAAGGAGUUCAACGUUACAGUUGACGAAUUCGUAUCAACUGAUGUGGAUCUUACUUGCUUCAAUACUUGUGUAGCUAGACAAGCAGAAAUAAUUAAAGAUAAGAAGUUUUAUCUGGAAAAAUAUAUAGAAUACUUGGUUGCGAUAGCAGAAGCAGAAAAUUCUAAAGAAGUAGUUGAGGCUUACGAAUAUUGUAUGGAAGAAAUGCUUGAUUUCGAAGACGAAUGUGAUUCAUAUGUGAAGCUGGAAAAAUGUGUUGAUAAAAAGCUAAAGGAAAAUUACAAGAAGGACUAAGAACUGAGAAAUAUAAUUUUUUGAGGAUAUUUUACGCGUAAAUAAAAAUGAAAAGCGC